AUGAUGACGAUGAGCGAUGACGGAGACCGCACCUGCCCGCUCUGCGCCGAGGAGAUGGACAUCACUGACCAGCAACUCAAGCCCUGCAAAUGUGGCUACGAGAUUUGUGUCUGGUGCUGGCACCACAUCAUUGACAUGGCUGAGAAAGAGGACACAGAGGGGCGCUGCCCUGCCUGCCGCACACGCUAUGACAAGGACAGGAUUGUUAAGAUGGCUGCCACGUGUGACAGAACGGUAGCAGAUAAAAAUACAGACAAGAAGCAGAAGACCCAAAAGGUUAAGUCAAAGACACUGACUGUGGAAGCUAAGAAGCAUCUGGCCAGUGUCAGAGUUAUCCAGAGAAACCUGGUCUACAUAAUUGGGCUACCUGCAAAUUUAUGCAAUGAGAGUGUACUUGAGCGCAGGGAAUACUUUGGUCAGUAUGGAAAGGUUUUGAAGGUUUCAGUUUCUCGUCCAACUGGGGCUCCUUCCCAGCAGACAUCAACGAACAACGGUAUCAGCGUAUAUAUUACUUAUGCCAAAGAAGAAGAGGCCAUCCGGUGUAUUCAGGCUGUACACAAUUUUGUCUUGGAAGGGAAAGUGCUAAGAGCAUGCUUUGGCACCACGAAAUAUUGCCAUGCAUGGCUGCGGAACAUGACAUGUGGGAAUCCAGAUUGUCUCUAUUUGCAUGAUGUAGGCAGUCAGGAGGAUAGUUUCACUAAAGAUGAGAUAAUCUCAGCUUAUACCAGGAGUAGGGUUCCUCAAAUGGCGUCUAGUGUUUCCCAAAGACGUGCAGGAACUGUAUUGCCUCCUCCAGCAGAGGAUUUCUCUUACAGUGCGGUGGUUUCAGCCAAACAUACAAUCAAGAAUGGAACAACUAAUACCACAGGCCAGUCAAGACUGUCACCUCCAAACAGUAGUUCAGGGAGGUCCACGCUUCCAUCAGCUACUUCAUGGGGGCAUCGUGAUUUGAACACACGGACAACCGCGACUGAGGUGGCGUCCUCACAAUCUCUUACUAAAUCAAAAGCAGAGGCGCAUAGUAAUUCACUUUCAAGUUCUUCUAUGAUUUCGAAUUCAAGACUACCUUCUUCAUGGAAUGAUGAUACAAGCACAGUACUGAAAAUGACUGAAGGACGGCAAGUAUCAGAACGAGAUAGUUUGUCUAAAACCUUGAAGCCAUAUAGACCUGGUAUUGCAAAGGAAACCCAAGCUGUGACAUCAUUGGAGUCUUCGUUGGACAUAGACUUUUCUACAAUACCUUCAGCCUGGAAUGAUGAUGAAGUUGUAGCAUCAGAUGAGACUUCAAAAGGAAGUGAGGAAAAGCAAGUUGUAAAUGGAAAGUUUUUUCCUUCAGCAUCCUCAAAACCAACGGAACCGGGCCAGAUUGGGUCUAAGUCAUCAACAUCACCAAAGAAUGGCGAAGCCGUAAACAGUUCCAAGCAAAAUCUUGCAGAUUGUGUGCCACAUUCAGCAAUAUCUGGUUCUGUUUUAAAGAGGGAUGAGGGUGAGAAUAGACCUGGGGACACAGAAGUCGAGAAGUUGUCUGUUGGGGUAACUUCAGUAACUUUAGAUAGCAAAGAUACAGUUCAUAGUAUGGAAGAAAACCAACAGCUGGGUGCAGUUCCCAACACUUCCGCCGUGGUGCCUUUAAGUCAAAGUUUGAAGAAGGAACAAUCUCAUUUGAAGCUUGCUGGGCUUUCAUCAUCAGAAAAUAAGGACCCUGUACUUUCUUGUCAAUCUAGUUCUGAUAAGCAUCUUGACUGGAGCUCAGAGCUGCAAAGUUGUCGUGUGGCUUCUCCUUUGAAUGACAUAUGGAAUUCUUCUGUGGCCACUGAUAAACCCCAUGCCACUGCUAACACAUCACAUAUUUCUUUGUGGAAUGAUAAAGAAAUUAACCCUACUUCGACAAGUGAUGGUAGAACUUCUGGCACCAUGCUGCAAACCAGGUUAUCUUCAACUGAAAAUGCUUCUACCAUGUUGAAUGGACGUCGUGAGGGGCUAGGACCUAUGUAUACACCUGAUAUGGUUUCUGAACAUUCUGGUAUGCGAAACCACCAGCAUAGAGCACUGGAUGCAGCAAGAAAUGAUAACAUAGGCAGUUUUGGCAACGCUGUAAGUGGAAAUAAAGACGAGGGCAGCAUAAUUUCUGAUAUAUUGUCUUUGGAGUUUGAUCCAUGGGAUGAGUCGUAUUCAACUGCGAACAAUUUUGUUAAGAUGCUUAAUGAAUCUGAAAAGAACGAUGCACUUUUCAACGCACCUUCAUGGAAAUCAAAAGGCACCAGUAAUGAGUCUAGAUUUUCGUUUGCUAGACAGGAUAACCAACGGAACUUCCAAGAUUCAUCUUUCAGAAAUUGUGGCACUGAUCAGAAUUUUAGCUUGCUAUCCCAGAAUUCUCAUGGCAACAGCUAUCAGAAUGGUGUUGCAUUCCAAUCGCCGGAGGAAGAUUUUUCAAAGAGCAAUCCUCUUGCUAUGUCAGAUAUAGCAACUGCUGGGUCUUCAAGGUCUAAAAUAUCUGCACCUCCUGGAUUCGCGGCACCAGCUAGAGUCCCACCUCCUGGAUUUUCAUCUCAGGACGGGUUGAAUCCCCCACCUGGAUUUUCUUCAGGAUUCUCAUCUCAGGAUAUGUUGAAUCACCCUCAUGGAUAUCCUUCGGGAUUUCCAUCUCAGGCUGGAUCUAAUCCCCCUCAUGGAUUUUCAUCUCAGGCUGGGUCGAACCCGUCUCGUGGAUUUAAUUCUGGAUUUUCAUCCCAGGAUGGGUCUAACAAUAUUCCUCCUGGGUUUUCUUCUGCGUUUUCUGCUGGGUUUUCAUCCCAGAAUGGGUCUAACCAGGCGUAUGGCUCCACAUUCUCAGAAACUCGUCUACUUGAUAAUCUUUUUGGUAGCCACACCAAUCAGUAUCAACCUCAGAUAUCUAGACACACAAGUGACAUAGAAUUUAUUGAUCCUGCUAUAUUGGCUGUGGGCAAAGGGCGGAUGCCAGGAGUUAGUGAUUCAGGGUUGGAUUUGAAAAACACUCCUUUUCCAGCACAAUUGCAGACAUCGAAUAAUGAUCCAAGACUUCAACUACUUAUGCAGCAGAGCAUGCCCUCUCAUCAAAACCUCAGAUAUACUGACCAUGUUCAAGAUGCAUUCAACCCUAUUCAGAAUGAUAAUUAUCUGACAUCCCGACUUCUGCCACAGAACCAUGGUUCUCUAUCCCCUUAUGCACAGAUGUCACUCCAACAACCUAGAAACUCACAGCUUGCAAAUGGUCACUGGGAUGGCUGGAGUGAUUUGAGACAGGGGAAUAAUGUUCCCAUGUCGGACAUGUCAAGGAUGUUAUAUCCAACUGAAGCUAACAACUUUCACAUGCUGGGUUCAAAUGAUAUGUAUAACAGAACCUUUGGACUUUAA